AUGGAAAAAAAUAGGAAUAAUGAAAAGAGAACUUUGGUUGUGAAUCAUGUUAAAAUUUUUAAAGAAUAUAUUAAGUUUAAUUUUCCACUUAAUGUUUUAACAACUAUUAUAUUUAUUAGUAAUACUGAUCAUACUAUUGUUUAGUGGGUUUAAAUGAUUAGAAUUUUUCAAAUUCCUGAUUUAAUUGGGAAAAUAGACGAACACUUUUAACUUUAGUAAAGAUUUAAUACUAUUUUUGAAUUAAUUAAGCUUUUUAUACUUGUCUUUGCUUGCGCUCAUUUUGUUGGUUGUGGUUUUCAUUUUGUGGCUGUAUAAGAAAUAAAAGCAGGAGUUUCCGAAACUUGGUUACAUAAAUAAAAUCUAGCUUAAAGUAAUGAUUAUCUGUUGAGAUAUUUAAAUAGUAUUUAUUUUGGGUUUAUUACUAUGAUUACAGUUGGGUACGGUGAUAUAUGCCCUGUUACUCCUUUAGAAAAAUCGUACACUAUUAUUAUUACUGUUUUAAGCUGUGGUAUGUUUGGAUAUUCAAUGAAUACUAUAGGAGCCAUUUUUUAAGAAAUAUCUAAAAAAGAAGCUUAUUUCAAAUAAGUAAAAUAUGAUAUGACUUAAUAUAUGAGAAGUAGAGAAAUUCCUAAGAAUUUGUAAAUUAAAGUUCUUAAAAAUUUAGAAUAUACAAAUAUUAUAAAUGGAGAUUAAGUAAAAAAAGGAGAAUAAAUAAUGAAUUGUUUAAAUUCUACUUUAAGAAAUUAAAUCAAAAGAGAAUUUUAUGGAAGAAUUUUAUGUAAUUAUAAAAUUUUUAAUUUAAAUUUUUCUUAAGAAUCACGAUAAGAAAUAUGUCUUUAUAUGAAAGAAAUUAUUGUAUAACCAGGAGAAAUUUUACUUGAAUAAAAACAAAACAAUAAUAUGAUAUAUUUUCUUUAUAAAGGAGAGUUUGAAAUUAUUGUUUAAAAUUAAAAUUAAAAGACUUAAAAUUAUUCAAUAAUAGGUAGAGCAGUUAAUGGAAGCAUGCUAGGAUAAUUUAGCUUUUUUACAGGUUUUCCUGAAUAAUAUAGUGUUAGAAGUUCAGAUACUAGUUAUUUAUUAUAUUGCGAUAGAGAUAGUUUUUAAUAGGCAAUAUCAAAAUAUUAGCAUGAUUAAUAAGUUUUUUGUAAAUUAAAAGACAAUCUCCUUAUUUAUAACCGACAUUUUGAUACUACUUGUUUUAGUUGUAAUAAAUUAGGACAUGAAACACAUAACUGCUAAUUUUUUUAUAAUAAGCAUUUGAAAUAUAUUGUUAUUUAAAAAAGUAUUUUAAAUAUUCCGUAAAUUCGACAAUUAUUAAACGCAAGGAGACCUUAAAAAGAUUACAAUUCAUUAAAAUAACGAGAAGAAAUAAUGAAAAAAGCUAGGAAAAUAAGACUCAAUUAUUUUUAUGAAGCUUUCGAAGGAAUUCCAAUCGAAGUAGAAGAAGAAGACUUAGAUCUUUAAUAAAAUGAUAUGGAAUUUGUUAUUUUUGUACCAGCGGUAAGAUAUGAAAAUUAUGUUUUGGUUUACAGUGAAAGGGAAUUAUCAGAUUUGAGUGAAAAUGAAUAUGAGAAUAAUUAAGAAGAAUAUUAGUUUUUUAAUUUUAAAAUUAAAAGUAAUGAAAAAAUAAGUGAAGUUGAAUAAUAAAUAAAAAGAAAUACAUUAAGAAAUAGACAAAGUAUUUUUGAUAAGGCUUUAAUUUCAAAAUUAUAAUAAAAAAGUAUGAAUUCAUAUAAAAAUUUCGGAAGUAUUACUAGUGAGAUUGAAAAUGAAGACGAAGAAAACGAAGAAGAAGAGAACGAAUCAAAAAAAAAAAAGAACUAAAAGAAGAAAAAAAAGUUAAAGAAGAAAAUGAGAAAGAAUAAGAAGAUAAUAGUGAAAAAAUAUUAAACUUUACUAAUUUAAAUUUGGUUGAAAAUAAAGACAAAAAUAAUUCAUUACUUUAAAUUUAAGUAAUUAAUAAAUAAUCUUUUAUUUCAAGCAAUUUUUCAAAUUCUACUAUAAAUGAAGAAAAUUUAGAAGAUUUAUAAAAGAAUGAAAUUUUAAAGUUAGGAAAUCACUAAGCUUUAUGCUUGUCGAAAGUUGAAAAUAAAAAUGUUAUGCAGAAAAAUCAUGAAAUAUUAAGUAAAAUAAACUAUGAUAAUAUAAAAAGGUUUUCACAUGAUAAUAGUUAAAUUUAAGAUAAUAGUAAAAUAAAAUAGUCAUUAUAAGAUUAUUAAAGUAUUAAAAGUUAAUAAAAUGUCCAAUAAAAUACUAAAAGCUCAAUUAUUAAAGUUGAUUAUAUAAAUAUUAACCAACAUAAUCAUAAAUAACAAAAUAGUCUAGUUAAAAUCCCGUAAGUUUAAAAUAAUAAUAAUAGCAGUUAAACUAAAAUUAAUAUAGGAAAUAUUUUGGAAAAAUAAAACACUUAAUAUAGUAAUAAUAGUAAUUGUUCAGAAGAAAAUAAAGAAUAAAAAACACAAUAUUUU